CCCACCUGUCCGUGGGAGGGUGCCCGGCCCGUCAUCGCAGCAGGUCCCUCUGGUUCCUGCCGCUGAUCCCUCUCAGCUGACGUCAGGAGAAAUGGCGGACCAGGAUGGCAGCGACGCAUCUCCUCCGGAGUCCCAAGCGUCUGACUCCCAGUAUAUAUCGGAGGAUGGCCGAUCGUCUUCAGCCAACCGCCCCGGCUCCUCGGGCUCCGGGCAGACCUACACUCCCACCUUGACUCCUACCCCCACCACCACCCCUAAUCGCACCACCACCAGCAACAGCCCCAGUAAUAAUUCUACCACCAAAACAGACUCGUUGCUCUUCAACAAGAUCGACGAGCGACAGAGGUUGGCCCGUGAGCGGCGGGGGGAGCGUGAGAAACAGAAUGCUAUCAAGGAGGCAGAGUGGCAGGCUCGUGAGGAGCGAGCCAGGCUGCACUAUGAGAAGCAGCUGGAGGAGAGGAGGAGGAGGCUGGAGGAGCAGAGAGUGAAGGAGGACAAGAGGAGGGCUGCCGUGGAGGAGAAACGACGGCAGAAACUGGAGGAAGACAAGGCUCGUCAUGAGUCGGUGAUGCUUCGGACGUUGGAGAGGAGCCAUAGAACCAGACAGAAGCCCAACCGGUGGUCCUGGGGAGGGGCACCGCAAACAAACACUCCCAGCACGCCAGCCGAUGGUGACAGGCGGUCAGUGUCCACAAUGAAUUUAUCCAAACACAUAGACCCUGUCAUUACCAAGCGCCUCUCCUACUCCUCUGCUACACUCCUACACUCACCAGACCGAGGCUUACAGAUGAGAACAGCCUCCUCCCCUGUCAUUAGCAAAUCUCAGUCCAAAGCCCGCCUACACCCGGGAAAGACCACCCAACACAAAAACACAGGUAUGCGCCGCCUACCGUUGACGCCAUGGGAGAGCAAUGUGGUGAACCGCCUGCAGCAGCCGACGCACUCCUACUUGGCUCGCAGCCGCAGCGCCAUGAGUCUGUCUGGAGAGCAAACAGCCAUGCCUGUUUGUCCUCGCUCAGUGUCCUGCCACCCCAUGGGCCCCAUGUCCUUCAAAGCCCUGCAGGCCCAGCCGCUUCCUCACUGCCGCAGCCAGGAGAGAAGCCUCAGCAAGGGGACGGUCUCAUCGUCCACCACGAGUGCUCGCAGGAGGACCACCGGCUCCACACAGCAGAAGGACCGUGACAAUGUCAGGAAGUCAUGGAGCAACCUGUCGCUCCCAUUGGCUCCCAUUCUCAGUUUGCCCCCCAAAAAGCGCUCCUCUUCCCAGGGCAAGAAGAACAGCAAAGGGACAGCGCCCUCUCCUGGCAGGCCUCCACUAAAGUCAGUGGGUCGCCCCCCGACCCCCAAGCUGCUUAAGUCCCCGGGGGCAGAUGACCCAGGAAAUCUUCGUCCUUUCAAGGUCACACCAGAGAGCCCCCAACCCACCAGAGCCCCUGAAGAGGAGGAAGAAGAGCAGGUUCUCACUCAUCUUCAGCCUCGACCUCAGCCACUGGGUCAGAACAAGACCAGUAGUGAGCAGACAGCACCAGCAGCCAGCGAGAGCGUAAGCAGUCCUGCAGCUCACAAGACGUCGGCAGGCACCACAGAUCCAGAGGAGGCGAGCCGUAUCCUGGCGGAGAAUCGACGCCUGGCCCGCGGGCAGAGAGAGAGAGAGGAAGAGGAGCGAAAGCAACAGGAUGAGCAGCGGAGGUUAGCGCAAGAGGAAAUGGCUCGCCGUAAGGCCGAGGAGCGAGCAAAGAGAGAGGAGGAGGCUCAGCGUCAGGCGGAGGAGAUGAGAAAGAAGAAGGAGGAGGAGGAGAGAAAGAUGGAGGAAGAGCGACUUCAGAAAGAGAAAGAGGAGGCAGAGAGACUCCAGAAACAGAAAGAGGAGGAGGAGUCUCGACAGAGAGAAGAGGCGGAGCGACUGAGGCAGGAGAGAGAGAAACACUUCCAGAAAGAGGAGGCUGAACGCCUGGAGCGGAAAAAGCGUCUGGAUGAGAUCAUGAAGAGAACAAGACGUUCAGACCCAGCAGAGAAGAAAGUUGUUCCCAACAGGAAUGGAGACAACGCAGUGUCACCUGCCGCUCCUAGUCCAUCUGCAGUAACCGCGGCACCGGCACACAAUAGCAACUGUCAUCAACCUGAGCCCAACACCGCAGCACUGAGCCACCCUGACCAGAGGGAGAACGGGGAGUUUGAAGAGGUGAUUGUACUGCCUUCACAUUCCAGGUUGUCUCCUCCUGAGGGAGAGGAGGAUCAGCAGCAGCAGCAGGAGGAGAGAGUUCCUGUCUUAGCCUUCAAGGAAAACGGUCUCCUAAAGCCUCUAAGUGGACUAGAGGAUAUCUCGGCCCAGCAGGGAACAGAUGUCGCCUGAUGUCCCUGUUAGACCGAGAUGAUUCCACACCCCAGAGAGACAGGAAGUGAGUCGGCCAGAGAGAGGUAGCACAGCGCCGUUGGACUGAAUCAAAGGAAGGACUCUCAGCAGCCCGGUCAGACCCUUCCAGAGGCUUAGCUGCUCAACCUCCCACGACAGCAGAGCACGGCAGCCAUUUCCCAAAGAUCUCCCUAAAGCAUCUCCAGAGAGGAGCUACUUUUCCCCUCAACGAACUCUGUGGGGGACAGAUCGUCUCUCUGUAACACGAUUACACUCGGUCACAAAGUUCCGUGUGCAGCCCCCCUCGACUACCCAUGAUUCAGAAGUGAAUGCCCAUUCCAUCUUGUGACUCUUGUGAUGUGUGUGUGUGUGUGCGUGUGUGUGUGUGUGUGUGUGUGUGUGUGUUUGUGCGAAUGACAGACUAAUAAUGAUGUAAACUGAGAUCAGCUGUAAAGUCUUCAGCCAUGAUACUUGAAGAGAUUUUGUGGUUGCCGUAGAAACACACUGUAUUCAGAUUGAGAUCAGCAACGUGACGUUUGAACUGGAACUCGCACAACAGGCUCCGAAUUACAAGGUUUCAUUUACGCUUUUUGCUCUCUUUAACUGGAACCUCAUGAUUAUCAAUUUUCAAUGUUUCUAUUGAAAUGUUACAGAAGAAAUGGGAUGAAGGAAUAACGUCAGUGCAUGAAGUUGUAUUAAGGCUACAGGAACGUGUCAUGUGAUGUAAUAUAUUUUUUGCUGUGUCUACAGUGUUUAAGACUAGAGGUUAUUAUUGGGGUGAGGCGUUGGAGCAUUGUGGAGUUUAAGUUAAAUAAUUACAAAAUGAAAAUACUGUCAACUGAGAAUUAGGUUGUAAACCACUGAUUUAUUUUUUUUUGUUUAGUUUUAUUUAAUUGCUGUACAGAUGAAAUGUGAUUCUUCGUUUUGUCCUUAAAACUGUCUUUCUGUUUAAAUUGAGAAAAAAAGAAAUCUGCUUUGACGUUAAGUCCCGCCCUUUCCUUUCAUUUGUUUACCCUUUACAUUUACCCCGUCAGAGCUGCAGCCUACGUCCCGUCACACUGUGUAACUCGGCCAGUGUUGGAGGAGUACGCUUUAGCUUUUCCACCUUGUGAUGGAGGUUGACUUUUGUUUUCGGCCAAGCAAAUACAAAAUGAUUUAAAAAGCAUUUGCUGGUGAUGUUUAAUCUGAAAUAAUUAGAUUUGUUGAUCUUUUUGAUAAAGGAUUCAAGAAAAAAAAUGCUGCUAAUUUUGACGUUCCUUUGCCUUACCGCAUUAUAGAGAGAAUGAGGCGACUUGUCUUUCUCACUGAAAUGGAGUUAUUUAUUCCCAGCGUGAGCUUUGACAUUCUGGCCACAUGCCAGUGGCUUCCGUUGCUUGAUUUAUCUUAAGUUUAUGAAAACUCAUUAUGAAAUGUUAUGUCAUCAUAUAAAGUCUGUACUGUCAAACAACUGGUCCUUUUAUACAGCUUUUCUUAAAUGAAAGACAAGAGAUGGGGAUUAAAGUAAAACACUGGAACCAAACCAUUACACCUCUGUCAUAUUCCCUUCCACUCACGCUGCUCUCUUCAGCAUUUCUCAAACCUUUACACUUUGUUCAAAUCUUGCAGUAGCACCAAAAAUGGAGGGAAACUUCUUGGUUAUGUAGUGCUGGUUUCUACCAGUAGCACAUAGCAUGCUGUUAAACUUGGCAACUUGACUCAGCCUGAAAAUAAAUUGCCUGUUAGAUUACUUUAUACAUACAUAUCCUUUAAAUUAUGUUUAAAAGCCAAUGUAUUUUACUAAGACAAAACGCGAGGCUCGGAUAACUAACAAGCCCUUCACUUCACAAGA